AUGGACCGCGGGGCGGCCGCGGCCCAGGGCACUGCCCCGACUCAGGAUGGAGAGCUACCCGCGGAAUCUUCAGAGCCGCCGCCGUGGCCACCGCCGCAACCGCUGCUGCCGGCUCUUCAACCACUCCACGCGCCUUCCCCCAAGCCAACAACACAGUUAUGUCGAGAGCUUACUCCAGAACCCUGUCCAGAGACGACCUCAGAACCAGCCACAGAACCAGACCCAGUACCAGUCCCAGAACCAGAUAUAGAACCGGCCCCCAAGCAGAUCCCAGAACCAGCUACAGAACUAGACACACAGCCGAUCUCAGAACCAGCCCCAGAACCGGCCACCGAGCCGGCCACAGAACCAGCCCCAGAACCUGCCUCACAGCCGACCCCGGUACCAGUCACAGAACUGGCCCCAGAGCCGGCCCCAGAACCAGCCACAGAACCAGNNNNCACAGAACCAGCCACAGAGUCCUGCCCUGAGCCGGCUCCAGAAUCCUGUCCGGAGCCGAGUCCAGCACCUCAUCUAUUACAGUGUCCUGUGAUCACUCCAGAGACGGGUCUAAAGACCUCGGCAUCGCCCCGAACACCAGUGCUCUUGUCCAGUACAAAGAAAAUACUGAAGGAAGGACCUCUGCUGAAGAGCUGUAACUCCUUCAAAAGAUGGAAGCUUAGAUAUUUUCUGGUUCGAGGACAAAGGCUCUGUUUUGCACACCAUCCUGCGUUUGCACACUUUGAAACAAUUGAUCUGUCUCAAGUCGUCUUGGCAGAAACUAGCUGUAGAAACCUUUGCCACAGUUUUUGUGUAAUCACACCACAACAGAAACUUACCUUGGUUGCACCCAACCGGAAAGACAUGGAAGAAUGGAUUAACGUUAUAAAAACUGUUCAACAAGGAGAAAUUCGUAAGAUACCGACAGCAGAAAACAACCCUUACCUUGUUGGAAUGCACUAUUGGUAUUCCACCCACAGCCCUUGGACCCAACACUGCAAUGUUUGUCGGGAGAGCAUUCCUGCCUUAUCUAGAAAUGUUAUCACCUGUGAAGUAUGCAAAGUGAAGUCUCACAGAUUAUGUGCUUUGAGAGCAAGCAAAGACUGUAAGUGGAAUACAUUGUCUGUCACUGAUGACCUCUUCAUACCUGCAGAUGAAAUAAAAACUAUGCCCCAUCAAUGGGUAGAAGGAAACAUAUCUGUUAGUUCUCAGUGUGCAGUAUGUCAUGAGAACUGUGGCAGUAACCAAAGACUUCAAGAUUUCCGAUGUCUCUGGUGUAAUUCUACGGUGCAUGAUGACUGUAGAAGGCGGUUUUCCAAGGAAUGCUGGUUUGGAAGUCACCACAAAUCAGUCAUUCCUCCCACGGCCUUAAGCGACCCUAAAGGAGAUGGCCAAUUAGUAGUAUCUUCAGACUUCUGGAAUCUUGAUUGGUCAUCAGCCUGUUCAUGUCCCCUUCUCAUCUUCAUCAACUCCAAAAGCGGCGAUCAUCAAGGGAUCGUCUUCCUCCGAAAAUUUAAGCAAUACCUUAACCCAUCUCAAGUGUUUGACCUGUCGAAGGGUGGACCUGAAGCUGGGCUAUCCAUGUUCAAGAACUUUGCUCGCUUUCGUAUUGUGGUUUGUGGUGGGGAUGGCAGUGUGAGCUGGGUCUUAUCUCUGAUUGAUGCCUUAGGAUUGCAUGAAAAGUGUCAGCUGGCAGUCAUCCCACUUGGAACUGGCAAUGACCUGGCCCGUGUCCUAGGCUGGGGUGCAUUCUGGAAUAAAAACAAGUCACCUUUGAACAUCCUCAACAGAGUGGAGCAGGCUAGUGUGAGGAUUUUAGACAGAUGGAGUGUGAUGAUCCGAGAGACUCCCAGACAAACUCUAUUGCUAAGAGGGCAAGUUGAAAUGGAUGUACCCAGAUUUGAGGCUGCUGCAAGCCAACACUUAGACUCUGCAACUACUGAGUUGAACAAAAUCCUGAAGGCCAAGUAUCCUACAGAGAUGAUCAUUGCAGCCAGAUUCCUGUGUUCAGCAGUGGAAGAUUUUGUGGUUGAUAUUGUAAAGGCCUGGAGUCAGAUAAAACAGAACAAUACAGCAAUAGAGUCUAUGAUUUUGAAAAGUGACUUAAUGUAUGACAAGCUCAGUGUCCUGAUUGAUGUCCUGGCUGAGGAUGCAGCAGUUGAGAAGAGUGCUACAGUAUGUGCAGACAGUAGCAAGGCAGAUGGAAAGCCCUUCAUCCCUCGAAUAGACCACACAGCCAAGUGCAAGUUGGAGCUGGCCACAAAGGCCAAGAAUCUCCAGAAAUCCUUAAAACUCAUUAUAUUCCAAGUUGAACAAGUUCUGGAUGAACAAAGCCGACAGGCAAUAUCUGUUAAGAACUUUACUUCAACUUUCUUCCUGGAAGAUGACUCAGAAGAUAUUAGCCAGAUGAGCCCAAGACACCGUUCUCAUUGUGGCACUUUGUCUUCUAUACCUUGUCUCAAAAGUGAAGAUCUAGAUAAUCUUAAUUUGGAGCACUUACAUUUUACACCUGAAACUAUAUGUUUCAAAGAAAAGUGCGUCAUGAACAACUAUUUUGGAAUUGGACUGGAUGCUAAAAUUUCUCUGGAGUUCAACACCAGAAGAGAUGAACACCCAGGACAGUACAAUAGCCGCCUUAAGAACAAGAUAUGGUAUGGCCUUUUGGGAAGCAAGGAACUUUUGCAACGCUCUUACAGGAAACUGGAAGAACGAGUGCACCUGGAGUGUGAUGGAGAAGCUAUCGCCUUACCAAACCUGCAAGGCAUUGUAGUGCUCAACAUCACCAGCUAUGCUGGAGGCAUCAACUUCUGGGGAAGCAACACAGCAACCACAGAAUAUGAGGCUCCUGCAAUAGAUGAUGGGAAGCUGGAGGUAGUAGCAAUCUUUGGUUCCAUACAGAUGGCAAUGUCCCGUGUCAUCAAUCUACAUCAUCAUCGCAUUGCUCAGUGCCGUGAGGUGAUGAUAACCAUUAAUGGUGAAGAAGGUAUCCCAGUUCAAGUGGAUGGGGAGGCCUGGGUUCAGAGGCCAGGCCUUAUCAAGAUUAGAUACAAGAAUGCUGCCCAGAUGCUGACAAGAGAUCGGGACUUUGAGAACUCAAUGAAAAUGUGGGAGUCCAAGCAUACUGAAAUUCAAGCUGCCUCUCAACCCCAGUUGGACUCCCAGGAAUCUGAAGGUAGCCUCUCUGAUGAUGAGUCUGCCCAUAUGGAGCACUUAGCUCAGCUUGCAGAAAACCUCAUCAGCAGACUUACUAACCUGAGCAAGGUCCAUCAGCAUGUGUCUGUCCUCAUGGAUUCUGUGAACACCAGUGCCAAAAUCUUGAAUGAUACAUUUUAUGGCCAAGACAGCAGCAAUGAGGCAGGUGCAGCUUCCUGUACUCCCAUUGAGACUCUAAGCAGAAAUGACGCAGUAGAUGUUACAUUUAGUCUUAAAGGGCUCUACGAUGACACCAAAGCUUUCCUGGAUGAAAACUUGUUGAGAAAUGCUGAGGAUGAGGUCACAUUGCAAACCACCCUGGAUGCCAUGAAUAAGGAGUUUGAAAAACUAUCUGAGAUCAACUGGAUGAAUUCAAUCUUUGUUCCAGAGGAAAAGUCUUCAGACAUUGACAGUAGAACCCUCAUAUCGAAAGUUAAGUUCCCCAAAUCAAGGAAGAAGAAGCUAGAAGAGGAAGACAAGCCUAAAUCAGGCCAACGGGUCCAGCGUUUUAUUGGAAAUUUGUGGCAUCACAGAAAUCGUGAUGAAGCAAAAGAUGAUGACCCUCCAAAAUCAUCAAGAUCUCAACUGUAGCCCUUGAAAGCUGAAAGGAGAACUCACAACAUUUAGAAUUCUACUAAAAAACUCUCAAAACCUCAAUACAGGCUAGACUAAAUUAUUUCAGAACAAACAUGAGCACCACCAAGAAAGAUCCUCUAAUUCUUUAUACUAAUACACUUUUUCUGGACUCAAUCAGGUCUCCUUAGAGGUUUAAAUCAUCUCAUUGGCCAAAGAUUCCUGUUUCGAGUUGUCUUAUUCAGUUCUCCUCUUUGUGCACAUUGAACAACUACAGUAUUUAAUUGGGUUACAUUCUUUACGAAUGGCCUGGGAUCUACAAAGGAUUCAAGGUAGUUCACCUCUUCAGGGAGUUUGGGAAUGAUUUUCUCUGACUAGCAGAGAAACUAUUGAUGCUAGGGAAUGAAUGAUAUACUCUCAGGGAGAUGAGGAGAGGGGUCAGGAUAGCCAGGCUUGGUUGUCUUUCUCCCCCAGUCCUGUCAGUUGCAACUUGCAACUUCAGGAAGUCUCUUCUAGUUGGUUUAU